GGCAUGGCGGGGUUGCUGCUGGCCCUCCUGGGGCUUGUCCUCCUGGCCUUCGGCCUCUACUGCUGCUACGUGGGCUACAUCCACGCCAAGUACGACCGCAUCCCCGGCGCCCCGCGGGAGAGCUUUUUGCUGGGACAUCUGCCGAUCUUGUGGAGGAUGCUGAAGAAUCAGGAGUUUGCACAGGAUCUCUUCCUGCAGUGGGCAGAGAAGUAUGGACCUGUCCUAAGGAUUAAUGCCUUUCACAGAGUCUCAGUGAUGAUUCUGAGUCCUGAAGGAGUGAAGGAGUUCUUGAUGUCUCCGCAAUACCCGAAGGAUCCGCUGGUGUACAGUCGCAUCUUCAACAUCUUUGGUGAGAGGUUUCUAGGGAAUGGCUUGGUGACUGUUUGCAACCAUGAGCACUGGCACAAGCAGCGGAAGAUAAUGGAUCCAGCUUUCAGCCGAACCUACCUGAUGGGUCUGAUGGAAGCUUUUAAUGAAAAAGCAGAGGAGCUGAUGGAGAAGCUAGAGGAGAAGGCAAAUGGAAAGAAGGAGUUUAGCAUGCUGACAAUGAUGAACCGAGUGGCUCUGGAUGUCAUUGCAAAGGUAGCCUUUGGCCUGGAAUUAAAUGCUUUGAGUGAUGACCAGACGCCUUUCCCACGGGCUGUGACCAUGGUUUUGGAGGGAAUGACCCAGGCACGCAUGCCCUUCAUAAAGUACAUGCCAGGGAAACAGAAGCUGGUGAAGGAGGUGAGGGAGAGCGUGAGGCUGCUGCGGCGUGUGGGCAAGGAGUGCAUCGAGCAGAGGAGAGAGGCCCUCCGCAACGGGAAGGAAGCCACGCUGGACAUUCUCACUCAGAUACUCAAAGGAGAUGCUCUGGAGGAAAGUAGAGAUGAUGAAAACAUGUUGGAUAACUUCAUCGCUUUCUUCGUUGCGGGUCAUGAAACCACUGCCAAUCAGUUGUCAUUUACAGUGAUGGCACUGGCUCAGCAUCCUGAAAUACUGGAAAGGGUUCGGGCUGAAGUGGAUGAUGUUCUGGGUGCCAAGAGAGACAUUGACUAUGAGGAUCUUGGCAAACUCACCUACUUAUCGCAGGUUCUGAAGGAGUCGCUGCGGCUGUACCCGCCCGUGCCGGGGACCGUGCGUCGCUUGGAGAGGGAGCACGUCCUCCAUGGCAUCACCAUUCCUGCCAACACCACGCUCCUUUUCAGCACAUACGUGAUGGGAAGGAUGGAAAUGUAUUUCAAGGAUCCACUCACGUUCAAUCCAGACCGAUUUAGCAAAGAUGCACCCAAGCCGUAUUACUGCUACUUCCCCUUCUCCCUGGGACCCCGGUCCUGCAUCGGGCAGGCGUUUGCACAGAUGGAGGCGAAAGUGGUGAUGGCAAAACUGCUGCAGAGGUUUGAGUUCCAGCUAGUUGCGGGGCAGAGUUUUAAAAUCCUGGAUGCCGGGACCUGCAGGCCACUAGAUGGAGUAAUGUGCCGGGUAAGGCCGAGGAGCCCAGCCGGAGGCUGCGCAGCCUGACUGCUCGGGACAGCAGCAUCACAGCCCAGUGGCAGCCUUUCUGCUGAAUUUGAACACCUGCCGACUAAUCAAGGCCCCUUUAGAAGAUUACUAGACUGACUUUUUUCGUAGCCUUCCACCUCAUUUACGGAGGAAGACCUUGGGAGAGUCACUCUAGGUGUGUUUGAGCAUCUCCGAUGUGGAAGUGAGCCUGGAAUUACAAAGGCUGGGGAACGAGUUCGGUUCUGACCAGACUUGGAGCAGAGCAUCCUGUCACUGGAGCAUCCCUGGAGCUCCACACAAACAUAAUCUCAGAUCCCAGCUGAUAGUUCCUGCUAAUUUGACUUACAGCACUGCCUAAGUAAGCCCUUGUUUGAGGAAUUUCAGAGUAGAGCUCAAGAUUUGUGCUGAACUUGGGAAGAGACACUUAGAGCUGUUCUCUUGCUCCUUCCUCUGAGUGAGAAGAAUGACUGAUAGGAGCAAUUUGAGACCAAAAUCCAAGACUGUGGCCAUUUUUCUUCAAUCUCUCCUACUUCCAAUGUUUUCAAAAGUGUAGAUUUGCAAUCCAUGCACUUCUGCCUCCCUUUCCUCACACUCUGUGCUCGUUCUCAAGAUGCUCUUCUUUUUGGGGAGGUCUUGCUGGGUUCAUUUUAACCUGGUUCAUUUUCACCAUCAGGCUCGUCAUGAAGGUACAUGAAAGCUUGGACCAGGUGACCUAGCAGGUACAGCUGGGUUGGAAGGAAGUGCUUGGAACCAAAUGCUGCUUAAAAUGACUUUGCUGCUAGAAAUGCCUGUGUAACAUGAGCAGAGGCAGGAGAAGGUCCUGCACUCCUUUUUUCUGCCAGAAUUACUCGUUGCAAGCAGGCUGGCAGCCUGUCUCUGCUGGGGUAAAAAUGAUGCUGCCUUCCAGAAAUAAGUGGAUACUUAAAAUGAGUUUGGGCCCUGGAAUACAGGGAAUUCCAGGCAUCUGGUGCUGCCACUGUUGUUUCUUACCUUCUUGAGUUAAAAGGGUAAGAACCUGGUCUGUACACUGACAAGUUCCCAUGGUGGUUUCCACACCAGCAGGGUAAUGUCCCAGAGCUUUCCCUGGUUCUGCUGCUGUUGGGUACCAUCUCAGUGCAGCAGUGGCAUAACAGGCCCAUGAGGCUGAUGUGGCUUUUGAUAACAUCAGCAGUGUUAUAGAGUGUAUUAAUGUGACACACACCCAGGGGUACUGAUGCUUAUAUUGCUCAAAAAGGUUUAGUCCAUCUAGUGGUA